AUGAGAGAGGAAAUAAUGGGAACGGUUCUUCAACUUCCGAUCAUCGAUCUAUCUUUGCCUGAAAAGCUCUCUACUUCCCAAUUAAUUCGUCAGGCUUGUUUGGAUCAUGGAUUCUUCUAUCUCACGAAUCAUGGCGUUUCAGAAGAGUUGAUGGAAAGAGUGUUCAGGGAGAGCAAGAACUUGUUCUGUCUUCCUCUUGAUGACAAGAUGGUGAUGGUUCGCCGUGAUUUUCGAGGUUACUCACCUUUAUACGACGAGAAAAGCGUAUCAUCUUCCUCAACCUCCAAAGGUGACUCCAAGGAGAUGUUCACUUUUGGAUCUUCAGAAGGAGAUCUGGGUCAACUUUACCCUAAUAAGUGGCCUUCUGAAGACCUUUUGCCGCUUUGGAGGCAGACCAUGGAAUGCUACUAUAAAACUGUCAUGAAAUUGCUUGGCAUAGUGGCAUUGGCAUUGGAUUUGGAGGAGAACUUCUUUGAACGAGUGGGAGGGUUCAAUGAUCAAGCAGCAGUUGUUCGUCUCUUACGUUAUUCAGGAGAGUUGAAUUCCUCUGGACAAGAAACAUGUGGAGCCUCUGCUCAUUCAGAUUUCGGAAUGAUAACUCUUCUUGCAACUGAUGGAGUGCCAGGGCUUCAAGUUUGUAGGGAUAAAGAUAAAGAACCAAACGUUUGGGAAGACGUCCCUGUAAUCAAAGGUGCUUUUGUUGUCAACAUCGGAGACCUUAUGGAGAGAUGGACUAAUGGGCUUUUCCGAUCAACAAUGCAUAGAGUGUUGUCAGUGGGAAAAGAACGUUACUCGGUGGCUGUAUUUCUAGAUCCAGACCCGAACUGCGUUGUCGAGUGCUUGGAGAGUUGUUGUAGUGAAACAUCUCCUCCUAGGUUUCCACCGGUCCGGACCGGAGAUUAUUUUCACGAGCGAUUCAGUCAAUCCCUCACCUCGUAUUCCACUUCCGGCUAA